AUGACCACAGAACAACACGCGCUCCCCCCUCUCUCCCCGGCACCCCCGACGCCCGCGCCCGACGUGCUCAUCGCAGGCGCCGGCCCGGCCGGGCUCGUCCUCGCGCUCUCCCUGCUCAAACACGGGCUCUCCGUCCGGCUCAUCGACAAGGACCCGACGCACCACGUCGGCCAGCGCGGCGCGGGCGUCAUGCCCCGCUCGCUCGAGCUGUACAACACCCUCGGCGUCCUCCCCGACAUCCUCGCCGCCUCGCACCCGCCGCUGCCCAUGCAAGCCUUCACGAUGCCCGGCGGGCGCGAGCCGCUCCGCCAGUGGGAGAUGUCGCCCCGCGAGCACCCGACGCCCGGCACGCCCUGGCCGAACGCGGUCAUGAUCGGCCAGGACAAGACGGAGGCCAUCCUCCGCGCGCACCUCGCCCAGCUCGGGUGCCGCGUCGAGCUCAACACGCGCCUCGCGUCCUUCGCGCAAGACGACGACGCCGUGCGCGCGACGCUCGCCAAGACCGGCGCCGACGGCACACACACCGAAGAGGUCGUGCGGGUCCCGUGGCUCGUCGGCGCCGACGGCGCGCGCAGCACGGUCCGCAAGGCGCUCAACCUGAGCUUCCUCGGCGAGACGCGCCAGGAGCGGUACGCGAUCGCGGACGUGCACGUCCAAGGGCUCGACAUGCACCACAUCCACGUCUUCGGCGGUGGCCCGCCCGGCACGAUCCUGAUCUGGCCCUCGGAGCGCAAAGACGGCGACCUGAUGACGGUCUACGUCGCCGGCCCGGACGCGGACUACGAGCGCCUCGCCUCCUCGCCCGACUUUUUCCGGGACCACGUCAAGGCCAAGCUCGGCCGGGACGACGUCUCGCUCGGCGCCGUCACCUGGCUCACCGACUACCGCCCCAACGUGCGCAUGGUCGACACCUUCCAAUCCGGGCGCGUCUUCCUCGUCGGCGACGCCGCGCACGCGCACAGCCUCAUGGGCGGCCAAGGCCUCAACACCUCCAUCCAAGACGCGUCCAACCUCGGCUGGAAACUCGCGCUCGUCGCCCGCCGCGCCGCGCCGCGCGCCCUCCUCGCCUCCUACACGUCCGAGCGCCUCCCCGUCGUCGCCGCCGUCCUCGACCUCACCUCCGCCCUCCAGGACAAGCUCUCGAGCGCGAAAGGCGAGGACGCCGGCGCGUGGAAGCGCGGGGACGGGCUCGGCCAGCUCGGCGUCAACUACCGCUGGAGCCCGUGGGUGUUCGACGAGCGGCUUCCCGAGGGCGCGGAAGAAGAAGAGGGCGCUGAAGGGGACGAUAAAGGGAAGGGGGAGAGGAACCCGUACGGCCGCGCGGGCGACGAGGGCGCGCAGAUGCUCCGCGCGGGCGACAGGGCGCCCGACGCGCCCGCGCUCGUCCCCGCGUCCGGCGCCGAUACGGCACCGACGCGCCUGUUCGACCUGCUCAGCCCCACCGCGCACACCGUCCUCCUCUUCCUCGCCGGCUCGACCGACGCGCGCGCGGAGGCGGUCAGGAAACACCGGGUGCUCGCCCGCCCCGGGGUCGCCGUCGCCGUGUACGAGAUCCUGCCCCCCUCCCCCUCCCCCUCCCCCCUCCCUUUCCUCCUCCUCCCCUUCCUCCCUUUCCUCCCCCUCCUCGUCGGCCACGCGUACGCCAACUACGGCGUGGACAAGGACGCGUUCGGCGCCGUCGUCGUGCGCCCGGACGGGUACGUCGGCGCGGUGGCGACGAGCGUCGCGGGCCUGCAGCGGUACUUUGACAAGCUGAUCGAGGUGCCGGAGGGAUAUACCGGGUUCACGGUAUCCGACUGA